CAAUGGAGCAGAAUCCAACCAGUCAAUUUCCAAUGCGGGAUCCCGUACGAGUUUGGGUCGAUGGUUGGUAUGUUCUUUUCACAUUCAUCAAAACAUCCCGUUCCAAGUUUUGAUCUUACCCAUUUUGGACAUGCAAACGCACUACGUCAGGCCAAGGGACUCGGUGAUCAGCUUGUUGUUGGCGUGCACUCCGAUGGUUUGCUCAUUAAAAAAAACUACCUCUGUUUUAGACGAGAUAAAAUUACAUAAAGGUCCUCCUGUCUUCUCUGAACAAGAACGUUACCGGUUGAUUGGAGCUAUUAAAUGGGUUGAUCAACUUGUAGAAGGAGCUCCGUACGUUACCACACUAGAGACAUUGAGGAAGCACUCUUGCGAUUUCGCCGCUCAUGGUGAUGACGUCACGUUCACAUCCGAUGGUUCUGAUCCGUAUCACAUGGUCAAGGUAGCUGGAUGUUAUAAAGAGUUCAAAAGAACAGAAGGAAUCUCUACAACUGAAUUACUUUCGAGAAUAUUGAAACGGAUGGAAUCACUGGAGGAAAACCAAGUGCAUUCGGGGUCUCCACACAGAGUGAAGCCCCUGCGGCGCUCGCGGUCUGUUGAUUCAUUCCUGGUCACCAGCUUGGCCUCUCUUCAGAACCAGACGACCCCCUCGGAAACGAAUCAAAACCAUGCUGCAGUGACUACUGCUGAAUCCCCGACCCAGUCAGAUUUUGGCUGGACUAACUGUGGUAUACCGUAUAUGCCGAACACCCUGCGAAUCACACAGUUCUCGAUGGGCAGUCUGGACUCGUACGGACUGCGCGAGCCUGGACCAGACGAUGUUGUUGUCUACGCUCCCGGUGCAUUCGAUUUGUUUCAUAUUGGCCACUUGUCGUUUCUGGAGAAGUGUCUGGAUCUGGGCAACUACAUACUGAUUGGUUUGCAUUCAGACUCCUUACUGGUGAUCAACCGUGUCACUUUUUACUUUUUUCCCUUCGGAAGACUGCUACGUAUGAAAACCGCCGACUGGGGACUAUCCUUACUCUACAGGAACGACUACUCUCAGUUCUGGCCUGUCGAGGGCUUCUUGCUACCUCCGAUUCUUAACUCGCUGUUCAUCUUUUGUUUCGAGACAUUUGACGGGUAUUGCUUCAUUAAUUUCCCCUUCUCUUCACAGUACGUGUGUAACGUCGUAAUUGAUGCACCUUAUAAAAUCACCGGUCGAUUCCUUGAUCACUUCAAGGUCAACUAUGUUGUAGUUGGUAAGGAUACUGAACUGCGGUUGCUCACCAACGGAGAGGACCCAAUGAAGAUUCCGAAACAGCGUGGAAUCUUUAGACGUAUAGACAGUGGCUCUGAUGUGACCACAUCCUCGGUUGUUGCGCGCAUUUUGAAAAACCGAUUUGAUUACGAGAAACGCAACCGUUCCAAAGAGGCCCGAGAAAGCGAGGCCAUUACCUCGUUGAAUCGUACUUCAGAAGGCCUGUGCUUAUAGUAUUUUUCAAUCCUCAACUCUGUUUUUGCCAAUCUGUGUUCGGCUAGCUGUAUGUCCCAGCUCAGCCGUAUUCCUAUUACCUCUAUGAUUCCCCCCAGCCGAAGUUUUAUAGCUACUGUGAUUCAGACAGACAGACAGGCUGUGAUACUUAAAGAACUCAUCUCAGCGACCAACGCUCACUCUUAAAUACCACCAUCAGGAACUGUGAUAUGAAUAGUCUGUAAUGCUCACAGAGGCGCCAAAAAAACACCGAGCAAAAUGACUGUUCUGUCCAUAAUCUACCCUCUGUAUUAAUCCCUUGCCCUACUCGGGUUUGAAGGUCGUCACCGUGAUGCGAAAUGGGUGCCGUAUAUUUUGUUUCACCAGGCAUUUGCACUUUCUUUUCAAAUCACCUCUGGUAUCGAAAUGGAUAAGAAUUCUUCGAAGUGAUUAAUCACACAACUGCCCAUGUUUGCAUCAGUCACGGCGCUCUCCCGAGUUGACCGAUAGUGCGUUUUCCUCUUCUCUGCUUGGUCUGGUACCGUGUUCAAAUAUCCUAUUGUACCAGUCUGUAUGAUUGACUUGGUGAAAAACAACUUUGAAUUGGAUGUUUUUCUUUUGUUUUUCAUUUGAACACCUUGGCUUUCCCCUAAGCUCUUAUCAUUGAUUCCUCUACUUAGCUGCCCCCCCC